GAAAUUUGGAGGGAAAAUCCUGGACUUUCGCCGGAGAAAUGCCUAGACGACGCCUGAGGCUCCGUUGCUCGUCCGACGAAGACAACGAAGACGACGAAGCAGAAACAAGAGGAAAUGGGAAUGUAUUACUCAAUCACAGUCUUUCCGACGCUGGGCCACGGGAUAUUUCACCGGCGUCGACUUCGAACGGUAGCCGAAACCCUAGUUCAGGGGAGCGAAUCACCAUCUCCGAUGACGAACUCAUCGAUGUCUCGGAUGACCCUACUCCUCCACCGCAGAGUACUAUUCCUCCCACGCCGUGUCCGGUUACUCCGCCGGACUCGGACAUCGGCGACGACUCGCCGAUUGCGGGGUUUCUUUCUCGAAUGGGGCUUAGACUGAAGAGGGAUUGGUUGGUUGCUUGUCUCACUGAACUGGAGAGGUCCGUUCCUCGGUUUAACAGCCUUGAUGUGGCUGCCAAGGCGAAGCUUUGCUUCGAGCAGUUCCUGUUUUCCGACAUGAAUCAUAGCGGAGGUGGAGUUCUUCCUCGGGAUAUUAGGUCAAUGCAUCUUGUAGAACUCGGUGGUCCGUUUGUUCUCCAGGUUGAUGAGAUUGUAAACAUCGGUUGCCCUCUCAAGGGAAGGUACGAAAAUGCGAAUGCAGGCCUGAAGAGGUGCCUUAAGCUCUCUAUGACAGAUGGUGUUCAACGCGUUUUCGGCAUGGAAUACAGACCCAUAAAGGAUCUCCAAGUCUUGGAUCCUGCUGGUUUGAAGAUUGUGAUCUCUAGCGUUCAAGUUCGACAUGGGCUUCUGAUGUUGGUGCCUGAAGUUUUAGAUGUUUUAGGAGGAGUGGUUGAAGAGUUGGAAGAAGCACGGAAACGUCUAGUUGUUGAAGUAAACAAGCCUCCAAGAGGGAAAAGAACCAGGACUGGAGGGGUUCCUUCUUUGGCAGCUAGAGCAACUCAGGCUGCUUGGUCCCUAAAUGGCAAUGAUAACGAUAGUCGUGUAUAUAGUUCUACCUCAAGAAAUACUAAUCAAUUUCGUGCUGAUGGACAAGGUGAUCCUCUAAAUGAAACUAGAACUGAUAUUGGUCUGAGACAAACAGGGGAACCUCCUGCUUCCAACAGUAUGGAAGCUACUGUAUCAGGGGUUGAGGAUAUGCAGAUAGAUCGAGUUUCUGUUAGUGGGGAAAGAACUGUUUUUUAUUUACCCUCGACUUCUGGUAACAUGCACACGGCACCAUCCACUAUUGGUACUGGCUGCAGUAGUGUGAGAGCUGCUUUCAACAACAACGGCGAAAAUAACUUGGAUCAUCAAACAUCUAGGGUUACCGCAUUUGUUGAGGAGAUGCAUAUGGACAAUGUUCAUGUAUCUGGUCCGGGUUCAGGCACUACAGAACAUGCUGAAUUCAUUAGUAUGGUUGAUGAUGAUUCGGAGAACCCAUUCAUCCUGUCAAGAAACGCAGAAACACCUUUCACUUACUUAGCCAACAUGUCGGCCAGAUGGGCAGCCAUGAAAGACACCGUGCCAUCUGUUCGGGGAAAGAUCAAGUGUUUUCUAACCGGGGUCAAGAAUUUCCGUUAUAAGCAACGUCUGGAAUAUGAGCUUCUAUGUUACGUUGAUGAUGGCAGCCUCAUCUACGAAAUCAUGAUCCAUCACAAGGUUGUAGAGAAAGGAAUAGGGCAUUCGCCCAUGGAAGUCUCGGCUGCUCUCUCCUCUUCAAACCCAACAAUGGCCAGUUCCAUGAAGGAGAAACUGAGACAGUUCCAAAUGUUCCUAGCAAACUUCGAGGGGAAAAUGGUGAUAGAGAUGAACAAAACGUCGGAAUAUCCGAUAGCUAUGGAGGUGGAAGAGGGAUGUUCAUCUUCUGAUGCUUGGUUGCUCUUCCAAAGGCUCAAACCGCCGGAUGCAAUUGUGUUAUCUCCUUGAUUGUGACGAGCAUUGAAUUAUAUAUAUAAAAAAAUGAAUGAAAAUAAAAACAUUUU